UGGAAACGGGCCCGCGCCCAGGAUCCUCCGCGCGCAACAUGGCCGCGCCGGGAGCGGAAGCGGAGCCGAGGGAAUGCUAGGGCCGUACGCCUCCUCGGCCUUUCGUCAGGACCGUACCGGUCGAAGAAGGAAACUCACGGUCCUACCCAACAAAUCGCCGUGGCCAUGGGGGCGUACGGACAGAGCCUUUAGUCUGAUAGGCAACUCCAGCAUUUCGCAGCCCUGAGUUGGAACCUCUCGGAGGACUGCCGUGUAAGCGCGGACUCUGCGUUCCGACCGAGGCACGAGGACAGGCAGGCAGGUCCCUCUGUCCCGACAGGUGCGACGCAGCACUCCAUGCCGGCGGGCGCGGGGGGGCGUGGCCUCCCCCAGGGCCACCGCCUCUGCUGGUUGCUCUGCGCGUUCACUUUAAGGCUCUGCCAAGCAGAGGCUCCCGUGCGGGAAGAGAAACUGUCAGUGAGCACCUCAAAUUUGCCGUGCUGGCUGGUGGAAGAGUUUGUGGUGGCCGAAGAGUGUGCUCCGUGUUCUAAUUUCCAGGCUAAAACCACCCCUGAGUGUGGUUCCACAGGAUACGUGGAGAAAAUAACAUGCAGCUCAUCUAAGAGGAGUGAGUUCAAAAGCUGCCGCUCAGCUCUGAUGGAACAACGCUUAUUCUGGAAAUUUGAAGGGGCUGUCAUAGGUCUGGCCUUGGUCUUUGCUUGCCUUGUCAUCGUUCGUCAGCGACAGCUGGACAGAAAGGCUCUGGAAAAGGUCCGGAAGCAAAUUGAGUCCAUAUAGCUACUUUCUCUCCUUUCAUCUGGGUCUUAGAAACCCUGCCUCAGACAGGAGGUAGAAUAAACUGACUUGUGCCCCUGGUUCUCUGGAACCUUGUGGUAGCACCCCCUUUCUCUCAUCUUCCCCAUCUAUAUAAUUAAUGAGCAGAAUAAAAAGAGUAAAAUCA